UUUUUGUAAAUUAAGGAAAUUACGUUCUGUGCGCGUACACAACAUUAGAGUGAGAGAGGUUCAUUGUGUCACCACGUGUAACCCGGGAAGAUGCAGUCCACCGAGGAAAGUGACCAGUCCCCGGAGACCCAGGGAAACAUCAGGCGUAUCGGCAACACAUGUGUCUCCAUCAACCUCACCUUCGUCAAGAGUCGGCUCGGGAUAUUCGAGGCCGCCAUCAUCGUAAGAAUAUUAUUAUGGCUGUGGUAUUUCGAAAUUCAAGAUUCUGUGCAACAUUCCAAGGCAGGUGUGGAUCAGAAACCCUCUGAUUUGAUUCUGUCUUUCAUAUGUUUGAUCUGCACAUGGGCCGGGUCUAAUCUAGCGUGUGAUUACACGUACGGGUCAAGUUACGGGUUCUUCGAAUUUGUUGCAGGCAGUGUCUUCUUGACAUACUUCAUAAACUACUUGAUAUUUGCCUUAACUAUCGAUGAAAAAUGGUGUAUGAAAUUUGUGCCUUGGCUUGUGUGGCACUUUUUCAUCGGAGCCAUUUUCACCUUUUUCUUACUGAUAGCGUCCAUAGUGAUGGUUUCUCACAUGUGUGGACAAGGUGGAUACGCCGCGGCCGCUGUGUUCGGGUUCAUCACCACCAUCGUGUCCGGUGUGGAGACGUACUUCCUGCUGCAGUCUCUCCGUCAGGACCACGCCCCCACCGAUAACAAGGUGCUCAAUAUGUUGGGGGUCCCUAAGGGCAGCACCCAGUGCCCACAGAAUCCCGACUACGACCGGGAUAUUUUACCAGAGAUGGAUUUAUCGUGUCGCGGGGAAAGAAAAGCAGAGUCACCAGUAUCCAGACUCUCUCAGAAGGCCAAUGCUUUUUCCAUAGACUCGCUGCUAGGACAGAAAGUACCAAAACAAACAGAGGAUGAUACAUUUAGUGGACUUCAGUCAACUUCGUCAUUUUCAGGACCAACUAAUCCAAAACACGCAGAUUUACCACCAGGCGACAUUAACGACACCCACCUUCCCUGCAUAUCUCUGGAGGCCCAGCAGCCCAGCCCCUCCGUGUCCCCUUGUAGAAGCUCGGACAGCGGCUCCCCCGUGGUUCCCAUAGAACACUUUGCCGAGGAUUCUCCGGAGUUGGCCGACGUCAGAUGCCGUCUGGAGUCCAAAGAUCUGUGGAAGAAGUUCCACGAGCUGGGCACAGAAAUGAUCAUCACGAAAUCAGGAAGACGCAUGUUUCCUACUCUGCGCGUGUCCUUUAGCGGACUGGAGCCUGACCAAGAAUACAUCGUUGCAAUGGAUAUCGUACCCGUAGACAACAAGCGGUACAGGUACGCCUAUCACCGAUCAGCGUGGCUGGUGGCGGGAAAAGCCGACCCUCCUCUCCCCUCCAACAUCUACGUCCACCCAGACUCCGUCUUCACGGGAGCACAACUUCAGAAACAAAUCAUCUCCUUUGAGAAACUUAAGCUGACCAACAAUGUACUGGACAGGGCUGGACAUAUAAUUUUGAAUUCCAUGCACAAGUACCAGCCUCGAAUUCACAUCAUCAGGAAAACAUCAACUACACCUAAUCCUCUGACGUCACUGAAAAUGACCGACCAUAAAACGUUCUCUUUUUCUGAGACUGGAUUCAUUGCAGUAACCGCUUACCAAAACCAGCUGAUUACAAAGUUGAAAAUAGACAGCAACCCUUUUGCAAAAGGUUUCAGAGAUUCCAGCAGGCUAUCAGACAUAGAAAGAGAAACGAUGGAGAGUCUUUUGCAAAGUCAGACACAGGCAAACAUGAUGCCUUUCAGUGAUGAACUGGGCAAACAAAGACAAACGAUCUUUCGAGGUUUAGGAGAUUCAGAGCUUGCCUUAUCUCUGUUACACGGAGCUAAUUUAGUGGCGGGCUCCGGGUCACUGAGUCCAUCAUUGGGAAACUCAAUCAACAGAAGAUUGUCCCUACCUAUGUCGCCUCUCUAUUAUACCGGAGCCUUACCCAAUCAGGAGAUCCUACGUCAUCAGUUUGUCAACCAAUCAGCAUCGUCUCCUAUGUUACUAUCAACACACAGAUAUCAUCCGUAUCUCAAGUGAUGCAGUUUUUCAUAUUGUUAAAAACUUGGAUUUAUCCAAAUGCUUAUUAGCAUAAAAACACUUAAAUCAAAGGCUGCGGAAACCAAUGGUGCUGGACAUUGUCACGUUAAAUAUGCGAAUGUAUGGAUGUCAAUAUGAUUUGUUAUAUUUUCUAGUCAAAAUACAUGUAUGAUUUCAUUGUCAUGAAAAUAAAACCUGAUGA